CAGUUUUAUUGAGGUGCAUUCUGGGAGAAAAUGAUUGACAUCGCGGCCAUUUUGGCUCUGGCCGCUCCGCUCCCAUUGUGUGUGAGAUAGUAAAUACUGACACUGCCAGACAAGCCGAGCACAUAUUUCACUGCGCGAAUUAAAACACGUUCACCUGAGGUGAUACUGACUAACAAUGGCCCGUACUAAGCAGACUGCUCGUAAGUCCACUGGAGGAAAAGCUCCUCGUAAGCAGCUGGCUACCAAAGCUGCCCGCAAGAGCGCUCCCUCGACUGGAGGAGUCAAGAAACCUCAUCGCUACAGGCCUGGUACUGUGGCUUUGCGUGAGAUUCGUCGGUAUCAGAAGUCCACUGAGCUGCUCAUCCGCAAGUUGCCAUUCCAGCGUCUGGUUCGAGAAAUUGCCCAGGACUUCAAAACUGACCUGCGUUUCCAGAGCGCCGCCAUUGGUGCACUGCAGGAGGCCAGUGAGGCAUACCUGGUCGGUCUGUUUGAAGACACUAACCUGUGUGCCAUCCAUGCCAAGCGUGUCACCAUCAUGCCCAAAGACAUCCAGCUGGCACGCCGCAUCCGUGGAGAGCGCGCUUAAACUCACCCCUUCUUUCUAUCGCCCUCUUUAUUUCUUUCUGUCUCUCCACUUGUUCUCCUCCUGCUUUUCUUGGUAGAGUUUAGAGUAUCAGUGAUGGGGAGUAACUGUGUCUCAGUCUGCUAGUGCUGUCUAAAUGACGCGUAGGGUACCUAUAUGUGCAUGUAACAGGUGCUGCUGAUCACACACACACGUGCACAUACACACACGCACUCUCACACAUUCACAUUUGGAGCGUAAACGAGGUCCACCCAUGCCCGCUUUAGGGCCACACAUUCAACAUGCAUGUAAGGAGAAGAAGUUUUGCCCUGCGCUCACACUUACUCCGCUGUCCAGAGAGAAAAACAGGGUGGUGUCUGGGGUCAGUCUGCUUAAGGGGAGCGGAAACUUCCACAGCAGGGUGCUACUAAAACUGCCUCAGUCCACCUUAUUGCCCCAUUCCUCCAACUCACAUAUGUUUUGUUAAUCACCCUCCCCUUCCUGUCCCCCUUGAUCCACUUACAUGUCCUGCUUGAAUCCUUACUUGGCCCUUCAUAGUGGAGGUGAGUGUGGGGUCAGACUUCUUCUCUGUGUGAGUGUCUGUGGGUGAUGUGAUCAGCAAAGCAGAAUCGUAUUCAACUGCAAACCAGCAUCUAUUGGUUAAAAAGUUGUUACUUGUAAUAUUGAUGAUUACUAUUAUUGUUGAUAUGGUGUCUUUUUUUCUUUUUUUUUUUUUUUUUUU